UAAGCACAAAAAGUUGACCUUAUCGGCCAGAAACCCAAAUUUUUUUCCAAGCUGUGACGUAGAUGUACAACUUAAUCGGUGCUUGGAAAGGCGAGCCAAGAUAAGAAUAUAAACAAAAAUUGUUGAUUCGUUUCUGUAAUUCACCGAUGUUCCUUCCGGACUUUUUCCUCCAGUACUAUGGUCGCCUCGUCGAGUGUCGAGUUUCUUAAAGCGAAGAAGGAAGGCAUCCGUAUUCUUUCUUUAUAAAAAUGAGACGACUCCCUUGACUUCGCCAACCACAGAAAGAAAAUUUUCCUUCUGAAGAAGACUCCCUUAGAUCAAAUCAAUGGCGCCUAAAGCAUCAUCAUCGUCUCUGUUCUUAACUCUCUUAGUUCUCGCUCUGGUUGCAAGGUCGAGUGCCGGUGGAAUAGCCAUCUACUGGGGCCAGAACGGGAACGAGGGGACCUUAACAGAAACGUGUGCGACUGGUAGGUAUGCAUACGUAAACAUAGCUUUCCUCAACAAAUUUGGAAACGGUCAGACACCGGAGAUCAACCUCGCCGGUCACUGCAACCCAUUCACCGGGGGUUGCAAAAGAGUCAGCAAUGGCAUAAGAAACUGCCAGAGCCAAGGCAUCAAGGUGAUGCUCUCCUUAGGCGGUGGCAUCGGAAGCUACUCACUCUCCUCGUCGGACGACGCGAGGCAGGUAGCAGAGUACCUGUGGAAUAACUUCCUAGGGGGUCAAUCGGCAUCCCGCCCUCUCGGUGAUGCAGUCUUGGAUGGCAUAGAUUUCGACAUCGAGGGAGGAAAGACUGAACACUGGGACGAUCUGGCUAGGUACCUGUCUGAGUACAGCGAUAGAGGGAGGAAGGUAUAUCUGACAGCUGCUCCUCAGUGCCCUUUUCCCGAUAGGUAUCUCAACGGUGCUAUGAAUUCCGGGCUGUUUGAUUAUGUCUGGGUUCAAUUCUAUAACAAUCGGCCUUGCCAGUACAGCUCCGGUAACACCGACAGCCUAAAGACGUCUUGGAACCGGUGGACUUCAAGCAUCCCGGCGAAGAAGAUCUUCAUAGGAUUGCCGGCGUCCCCUCGGGCGGCUGGGAGUGGUUUCAUCCCUGCGAAUGUGUUAACCUCUGAAAUCCUUCCAGUGAUUAAGGGAUCUCCCAAGUAUGGAGGUGUCAUGCUUUGGUCCAAGUAUUUCGAUGAUCAAACUGGGUACAGUUCCUCCAUUAAAGGUAGCGUAUGACGGUCUGAAUUAAAAGAAAACGUAUGAAUGAGUCCGCACUCCUCACCACAUGGCUCAAGCAAUAAGCGUAGCUUAAUCAAAUAAAUGCCAUGUUCUUAAAAUACUAGAAAUAUUUGGAUGAAUUUGGAUCUCCCAAACUUCUUUCUCAGCUAUCUUCUUAUAGUAGGUCCUUCUCCCUACUACUAAUUGUGGUUGUUCCUCUCUCUUCAGUAAUUAAGGCACACACCACCAGGGCAACUGCCAUUUGAAUUUAUUGUUCAUUUACUUUUAGCUACUCCUUUAGCAUUCUUAUAGUUAUUUACUUUCAUUGUUUAUAUUUUGUGGCUUAGCAAGUUGCAGUUCUUAACUAUUAUAUUUAUCUUUCAGUUGCCAUCAA